AUGGCUGAACAGAAAAACCGACUUGGAUUUUGUGAGGACACUGCCCGUUUUCAGUCCAGUCUCCCGCAUGGGAUUUCGUCGGGUGAAGGGAUUAGGAACACUGACGCAGAUGGCGAAAACGACGAGGCUUCACAUCCCAAAUCACUGAAAGGCUUGAGACUUAGGCUCCUUACAACUGGUAUUCUCUGUCGUGCUUUCCAAGGAAUUGGUGGUGCUGGUAUUUUCAGCAUGGUCCCCAUUAUUGUGGCAGAGAUGGUGGAGCCAAUCAAGUACGGUGCUUAUAAUGGAAUCAUCUCUCUUGCCAUCGCGUUCAGCUUUCUGUUGGGUCCACUUUUAGGUGGAAUCAUCUCGGAUGGCACCACCUGGCGCUGGAUCUUCUGGAUAAAUCUCCCUAUUGGGGUUACGGGACUUCUUCUUGUCCUUGUAUCACUCGGUUUCACCAAGCGAAACGUCGAUCUUCGUGGUCGCAUCGACUACCCGGGCUUCUUCAUACUUCUGGCUGCAUCAGUCCUGCUAAUUGUGGCUAUUGAGGAAGCCGGUAUAUCCUUUGCAUGGAGCUCUGCCCUGGUUAUUGCCUUUUUGGUUGUCGCAGGAGUUUUUCUGCUUCUGUUCCUCUUUUGGCAAUGGUAUUUAUAUCAUAUCAAGUCUGCACGGGAGCCGAUACUUCCCUGGAGUUUCCUCAAAAACCGGAUCCUGAUGGGAUUAUACCUGUGA